UUCAUUUCCUUAAUAAAACAAGAUUUAUUAUAGUCUGGGUUUACAAAAGUCUAGGCUCGAGUCGGUCGAGAGACGAAUUUGAUCGGAGUGGGUGGAAUUUAUGGAUCUUUGACGACGAAGCAAAGACUAAGCAAAUCCAAGUCUGACAGGCCUUGUACUGCGCUGUCCCGUCUGACUGUUCCGCAAUAUCAGCUUUCUAAUAGAGCAACGGGAAAUUUGAUCUUUUCCUGUAAAAAUGAAAAAAAAAAAUAAAGGCCUCGCCCCAAAUUGGUUGUUGGUGUGGAAAUAGUAAUGGAGCGGAAGGCGGAAAGAGCGAGCAAAUUACUCACGUCUCCUUCCGCCGUCUUCCACGCGAUGGUCUUCGGCAACGACGCUGUAGCUGGUGGAAUCGAUGCUCGACAGAGCCAGAAAUGUGUAAAAUAGGUUAUUGGAGAGUGAUCAUUGAACAAACCCGCAUCGGCAAUAUAGAGUGGGCAUUCUACGACAACUCCAGCAGGCUGGCAUAAUAUUAUUGCCUGUGCCACGAAUGUUCUACGACUAACAACUAACAACGCUGGCUGUUGGCCUAUAACACUUCGAUGAUGGGUGAAAUUCUACCUCUAGGGCACAAUUAGAGGACUUCCAUGCCAAGGUGAAGAAAAGCAAUGAUUGAGCACAAAGCCAGUGCUCUGUCAUACCACGACAUGAUCACCUGGCCGUGCUACAGCGAUCCCCCCUUUCUCCAGUUGACUGCGUACCUGUUCUGUGUUAAAGGGCUAACACAGGUGGACCAGCCGGGCACGCGCCAAACAGAUGAGGUGACUGAAAAAACUAGAGUUUUGAACCGGCGACUGCGAAGUCUUUCAAGAUCACAAUGCGAUAGGCGGACGGAGCUGACUGACGUGGAAUUUGAUGCGACAACAAGGAACUAUGAGACGCUACCACGCUCUCCCGUGACGCGAACACACACACGGCGACUCCGUCCUGGAACACAUUCUAACGAUGAGAGUCAAAGUUCGGAGUGUGUUCUUCGGACUGCUCUCAGUGUUCGUCGCUCUAUGUGUCCUGCAGGCCCUUCAGUCUUUGGAUCUUCUUCACGUUGGCAAGACCUCGGAUUUACAUCGGGACACUGACCGCCUGGACGGAAUAUUGGUGGGUCGCAGCACAGGAUUGGUGUCCUUCCGAUUGUUAACUAACAACAGCGGACAUCUUCGAGGGCGCACAGGUCUCAAGGACUUUCACCGUCAAGGGAAACCUUUCAAAGAAAAUGUUGUUAAAGUAUCCGCUGUAGACUUCAGGGGGGAUCCCAACCUUAUCACCGGAAAUCGCCUCAUAGACGAUUACGGUAAAAAUGAUAUCGCUCGUGCUGGAGAGAACGGUAGGGGGUUGAAUUUCGCAGGAGCGGAGAAAAAACUUGUGGAUUCUCACAUGCAAAAGUACCAAGUGAAUGUGUUAGCUAGUGAUAUAAUUCCACUUAAUCGGAUGGUACCUGAUUCUCGGCCCAGUGGGUGUUCAAAAAUUAAAUACCCGGAUAAUCUUCCAACUGCCAGCAUUGUAGUGCCUUUUUAUGAUGAGUGGCCUUCCAUAUUACUACGCACCGUGUAUAGCAUCAUCAAUCGAACUCCACGUCACCUUCUUAAAGAAAUAGUUCUGGUGGACGAUGCCAGCACUAUGGGAUCAUUGAAAGACCCACUGGACAAAUACAUCAAUGAAAGCUUUCCCCAUGGUAUCGUCAAAAUCAUACACUUGCCGGAGCGUAUGGGUUUAAUAAGGGGCCGGAUGAUUGGCUGGAAACAUACUACCUCUGACGUCAUUAUAUUCUUCGAUUGCCACAUGGAGGUCAACAUUGACUGGAUUCAGCCGUUACUGGCGCAAAUAAAAAAGAACCGUCACACGGUUGCCAUGGGAACGCUCGACUACGUGCACCCUGAAACAUUCCAUUAUAGGUUUUACGAAGAUUACAUGACUCGAUAUGGCUUUGACUGGAAGCUCACAUUCUUUGAGACGUUCUGGAGGAACGCACAAUUAGCGGGCCGUCAAGCCUCAGAGCCAAGAAUAGGGGCCGUGAUGGUGGGUGCAGCUUUUGCAAUAGACAGUAAGUACUUUGAAGAGAUAGGAGCGUAUGACGAGGGGAUGGACGUGUGGGGAGGUGAGAACCUGGAGAUGGCCUGGAGGGUUUGGAUGUGUGGCGGAAGAUUAAUACAUCUUCCAUGCUCCCACAUAGGUCAUAUUGCCCGACCCCAGCCAUAUAGCUUCCCUGGGGGUCGACUCAACGUCGAGGUUCAUAAUUACAAGAGAGCGGUGGAUGUGUGGAUGGGAGAUUAUAAACGAUUCGUAUAUGAUCACUUCCCUGACAUGGCCAAAAUAGAUGUUGGUGAUCUUACAAAAAGAAUAAAGUUGAAAGAAAAGUUACAGUGUAAAAACUUUACGUGGUUUAUUGACAACGUUUGGCCAGAACUGAACGUCUUUGACAGAAAUGCUAAGGCCUGGGGAUCGGUGCAAAAUCCUGCUACAGAAUAUUGUCUGGAUACCAAUGAUUUUUUGUUUAAUUACCAAGACAAAUUGAUGGCAAAGCCGUGUACACAUAAACUGGCAAAUCAGGGAUUUAAUUGGGACAAAAGCAAUCGCCUUCGCUCGUCUUUACACUGUGUUGUGGUCAAUGAUGGGGAAGGGAUAGUUAAGCUUGACGACUGCAUCCAAGGAGUACAGGAUUUUUGGACACACGAAAAGAACGGAGCUAUACGUCACAUCAAAACGGGGAAAUGUCUGGAACUUAGUCCUAGCAACGAACCUAUAAUUAACACUUGCAUUCCAAAUUAUGCUGCUCAAAAAUGGACAUUCCGUUUCGGCAAUGUGUGAAAACGCCUGGCCCUAGGGAAGGGGGUUGACAGUUAGUGUCUUCUUGCCAAGAAUGCAUAAAGUACAAUACCUGGGGUUCUAUGAGUCAAUUUCACAAAACCUGCGUUGUCUGCAGGCUGUAAUUUUAAGAUAAAUCCAUCUAAAUGUUUAACUUCUGGGACCGCAAGCGAAGAAUUAUUAAUGACGUGGUAGGCCUAUAUAAAGACUUCCUCCCACCAUAAUGCUGGCCGCUGUUGUAUAAGUGAAAUAUUCUUGAGUACAGGAUAAAACAAAAAUGAAAUUAAUAAAUAAAUAUAUGAAGACCAAAAUCACAGUGUGAAAUCGACCCUUGCUUCUCGUGGGAAAGGCAAAAAGGUCACAUUACUUCCACGAGACUUCUUCCCUUUGCAAAUCUUUGACGUCACCAUCUCGAAAGUCUUCCUCUCUUACCACUGUUAAUCCUUCACCCAGAAAGAUGGGGGUGACGUUUCUUUGUUCAAUACUCUGUAAUCAGCUUGUAGCUUUAAGAUAACCGGUUGCAAAACCUCGUAUGAUCCCGCAUGGGUCUGAAGUAGCAGAGCGGUUUAUUGAAUACAUGUACGGCGUCGGUACGUAUGGUCUGUGUCAAGAUAACGCGGGAUCUCUUUGACACUUUACGAAAUUAUAUUGGUCUUGAUUAGAAUCUCUGGAUUGGGCCUGUAUGCAGGUGCAUGAAGUGCUGGAAGUUUAUUUUACUGUUCAUGUCCGUCCAAACUGAUUUUGUUAAAAUAGUGAAUACAAUGGUGAAUACAAUAAAUGAAAUGACGACCAAAUCGA